UGGCUCCUCGGGCCCCGCCCCCCGCGCGCUGAUUGGUCGGUUUUCAGAGACCCCGCCCCCUUCCUCCGCGCCGCGCGGUGAUUGGUGAAAGCGGCGGCGCGGUGACGUCACGGGCGCGCGGCGCGGCGGCCCCGGAAGCGGCGGUGGCGGCGGGAGCGGGAGCGCGGCCGGUGCCGUGGCCAAGGCAGCGCCCAGGACCCCUGACCCCGCCCUUGGUGAGGGCAGGGUGGGGCAGGGCGGGGCUGCUCAGGUGUGCAGGCACCGCCCCGGCGCCCCCUGCUGGUCACCGGUGCGGCAGAGAUGGACCCAGCGAGGACAGUGGACACGGUGUCCCUGAGCUGUCACCACAGUGGGGAGGGUGAGGAGGAAGAUGUGACAGCAGUGGCAGCCAUGACAUCAUCCGUGUGUCACCCUGCUGGGAAUGAGGAGGAGGAGGACAAGGUGACAGCAGUGGUGACGGACACAGAGUCCCUGAAGUGGUGCCCCAGUGAGGAGGAGGAGGAGGAGGAGGAUGUGGACACAGUGGUGGCCAUGCCAUCCCAAGGUGGGCCGUGUGGCAGGGAUGAGGAGGUGGUGGCAGCAGUGACAGCAGAAGAAGCCAGAACAUCCUCAGGUGCUCAUGCUUAUGAGGAGGAGGAGGUGACCACAGCGGUGACAACAGCAGUGACAUCCCCAGGCACUGAGCACAGCGAGGAGGAGAUGACCAUGGCAGCAACAUCCCCAGCACAUCCUUCUGUAGGGGAUGAAGAGGAGGUGACAGCAUCGGUGACAUCCCCAGAGUGUCAACCUGAGGGGAAAGAGGAGGUGACAGCAACAGUGACAUCUGCAGAGUGUCACCCUGAGGGGAAAAAGGAGGAGGUGACAGCACCAGUGACAUCCACAGAGUGCCACCCUGAGGAGAAAGAGCAGGAGGUGACAGCAGCAGUGACAUCCCCACCAUGUCACCCUGAGGAGGAAGAGGAGGAGGUGACGCCAGCAGUGACGUCCCCACCAUGUCACCCCGAGGAGGAAGAGGAGGUGACAGCAACAGUGACAUCUGCAGAGUGUCACCCUGAGGGGAAAAAGGAGGAGGUGACAGCAGCAGUGACAUCCUCGGUGUGUCACCCUGAGGAGGAAGAGGAGGUGACGCCAGCAGUGACGUCCCCACCAUGUCACCCUGAGGAGGAAGAGGAGGUGACAGCAGCAGUGACAUCUCCCAAGUGUCACCCUGAGGAGGAAGAGGAGGUGACAGCAGCAGUGACAUCCCCACCGUGUCACCCUGAGGAGGAAGAGGAGGAGGUGACGGCGGCGGUGACGGCGGCGGCGGCCACGUCGGGCCCAGGCGGGCGGCGCGGCGCCGACGAGGACGUGGCGGCCGCGGGCUGGCGAGCGCGGCGCAAACACGUGUUCGUGCUCAGCGAGGCCGGGAAGCCGAUCUACUCCCGGCACGGCAACGAGGAGGCGCUGGCGGCCACCAUGGGUGUCAUGAUGGCCCUGGUGUCCUUCAUCCAGAGCGGCGGCAAUGCCAUCCGUGCCAUCUGCUCCGAGGACCGCACGCUGGUGUUCGAGCAGCGCGGCCCGCUGCUGCUGGUGUCGGUGUCCCGCACUCGGCAGUCGGCGGCGCAGCUGCGGCGGGAGCUCGCCUUCGUCCACGAGCAGAUCCUGUCCCUGCUGACCCGCGGCGGCAUCGCCCGAGUCUUCGCUCGCCGCCGCGGCUUCGACCUCCGCCGGCUGCUGGCGGGCGCCGAGGCCGUGCUGGACCGGCUGCUCUGCGGGGCCGCCGCCGACGGGCGGCUGCUGCUGGGAGCCGCUCGCUGCCUGCCCUUGCCCGGGGGGCUCCGCCGCGCCGUGUCCGGGGCUCUUCGCCGUGCAGCCGCCGCCGCUCGCCCCGCGCCCGCCCUGGCCGUGCUGGCGGCCCGGGGCCGGCUGGUGACGGCGGCCAGGCAGCGAGCGCUGGCCGAGGGCGGGCGGCUGUGCGCCAGCGACCUGCACUUGCUGCUCAACCUGCUGGGCGGCGGGGCGGGCGCGGGGGCGGGCGAGGUGUGGACCCCCGUGUGUUUGCCGCGUUUCAACCCCGACGGGUAUUUCUAUGCGUACGCGGCGAGGUUGGGCGAGGAGGAGGAGGAGGAGGAGGAAGGCGGCGUGACGCUGAUCCUGCUGUCCACGGAGCGGGAGGGGUUCUACGCGGCGGCUGCGUGCCGGCGGCAGCUGGAGGACACGCUGCGGGCUCAGGGAUGGCUGGCCGAGCUGGCCGCGGCAGUGCGAGGGGGAGCGGGGUACGGCCCGUCCCGCCCCGGAGCACCCGAGCUUCGGCAUUUCCUCUACAAACCCUUGGAGGGACCGGAGGAGAUGCAGCAGCUGCCGCAGUUCACCAGCCCCGAGCUGGAGGAGCCCUACACCAGCGAGGAGGAGCAGCACCGGCUCUUCGACCUGUACCACUACCUGCACAGCCGGGUGCACAGCCCGCACCGGCCCCUGCGCCUGCUCUACCACGUAGCCGAGAAGGAAACGCUCCUGGCCUGGGUGACCAGCAAGUUCGAGCUGUACAGCUGCUUCAGCCCGCUGGUGACGAAGGCGGGCGCCAUCGCCGUGCUGACCAAGCUGCUGCGCUGGCUCAAGAAGGAGGAGGACUGGCUGUUCAUCCGCUACCCGGCGCCGUUCUGUGCCGCGCCCGCGCGCCCCGAGGCGCCCGAGCCCCAGGGCUGACAAUAAACACUGAGAGCCUGGGAGA